AUAUUUAACCAAUCCUUUUUAUACAUACCCUCUCUAGAAUCACAACUCGAGGAAAAAAGAAUAUCAAAUCACACAACUAGGGUUCCAAAUUCCCAACAAAAAUUCACUCAAUUCGACCCCAAUUCUCACCAAGACGCAAAUAGUGGUACUUUUUAACCCCACAAUUUUUCUUUAACCUCCCCAUUUCUCACAUUCACCGACCCACACACACCUGUAAAUACUCCCCUUUUUAAUCUUUCUUGAUUCAUUUACUCACACCUUCAAGAUUAUGAAUUCUCGAGGUAGGUUUCCGCCCGGACUCGCCGGCGGCCGCGGUGGCAAUUUUAACCCUAACCCUAAUUAUCAAAACAGAAAUUAUCAGCACCAAAAUCACCAGGGGCAGAGGAAUAGUAAUAGUAAUGUGCAGGUGCAUCAGCAGCAACAGUUUCAGCAACAACAGUGGCUUAGAAGGAAUCCAGGGGGAGCAGAUUCGGGUAAUGACGAGGUCGAGAAGACUGUGCAAUCGGAAGCUGUGGAUUCUGGGUCACAAGAUUGGAAGGCACAACUAAAGCUUCCUCCUCAGGAUACUCGCUACCGGACAGAGGAUGUGACAGCCACCAAAGGAAAUGAAUUUGAAGACUAUUUUCUAAAACGUGAACUACUAAUGGGAAUAUAUGAGAAGGGUUUCGAGAGGCCAUCUCCUGUUCAGGAGGAAAGCAUUCCUAUUGCUCUAACUGGUAGUGAUAUUCUUGCAAGGGCUAAAAACGGUACAGGAAAAACAGCCGCCUUUUGCAUUCCAGCAUUGGAAAGGAUAGAUCAAGAUAAAAAUGUGAUUCAAGUUGUUAUACUUGUCCCUACUCGAGAACUGGCCCUUCAAACUUCACAAGUUUGCAAGGAGCUUGGGAAGCAUUUGAAAAUUGAAGUCAUGGUCACAACUGGUGGAACCAGCUUGAAAGAUGACAUUAUGCGGCUGUAUCAACCUGUUCAUUUACUUGUUGGUACUCCAGGAAGAAUCUUAGAUCUAGCAAAGAAGGGUAUUUGCGAUUUAAAAAAUUGUGGUAUGCUUGUUAUGGAUGAGGCUGAUAAGCUCUUGUCGCCAGAGUUUCAACCUUCUAUACAACAUCUCAUUAGUUUUUUGCCUACAAAUCGCCAAAUUUUGAUGUUUUCAGCCACAUUUCCUGUGACGGUUAAGGAUUUUAAGGAUAGAUAUUUGCAGAAGACCUAUGUAAUUAACCUGAUGGAUGAGCUUACUCUUAAGGGAAUAACACAGUUUUAUGCUUUCGUUGAAGAGAGACAAAAAGUUCACUGCCUGAACACCCUUUUCUCAAAGCUUCAGAUUAAUCAGUCAAUCAUUUUCUGCAAUUCUGUAAAUCGUGUGGAACUGCUGGCCAGGAAAAUUACUGAGCUCGGUUACUCUUGUUUCUAUAUUCAUGCAAAGAUGCUUCAGGAUCAUCGCAACAGAGUAUUUCAUGAUUUUCGGAAUGGUGCAUGUAGGAAUCUUGUCUGCACAGAUCUUUUUACAAGAGGGAUUGAUAUUCAAGCUGUCAAUGUUGUCAUCAACUUUGAUUUCCCUAAAAGUGCUGAAACUUAUCUUCAUAGGGUUGGUCGAUCCGGGAGGUUUGGACAUCUUGGGUUGGCAGUGAAUCUUAUUACUUACGAGGAUCGCUUUAAUUUGUACAGGAUUGAACAAGAGCUUGGAACUGAGAUCAAACAGAUUCCUCCCCAAAUUGAUCAGGCUAUAUACUGCCAGUGAUCUGUGGUAGAUGAGUUGCUUUUUGGUCAAUGGUGUCGACAUGGAUAAUUGCUGCCUGUUGGAAGAACGUACACAACUCACAGCUUCGCCUGCUCAUGCAUUUUAACAAGCCUUUGGAAUAUGGCAGUUCCCUGUAGGAAAAUCUAGUAGUUGUAGAGAGAUAAAAACCGAGAGGGUAGAUGAGUUCCAUCUUGAUGUCGGGAUCAUUUCAUAGUUUGUGCGUGUGAUCAAGUCUCAAAGUGGUAUUUAAAUAUUUGCUGCUAGACAGUGAGAUGACUUUUUAGUAUGUUUAUGUACUUUUAAGACUUUAGCUGCCCUAUGUAGUUCAUGGAGCAGGGUCCUGCUGAGUUUGCUGAGAACUGCUGAUAAACCUACCAGUACGAUAAGGAAUAAUGGCUGCUAAAGCUCUCAGUGAGCUAGCUAGGACUAAAAUUAGCGGUUUAUAAGAGAUCUUGGAAGUUGGUUUGGUUUUUGAGCUAUAUCAUUUGGUGAUUCCAGCUUCUCUGAUACUGGCUGUGUCUUCGAGUGACAUCCAGUUAUGGUGAUUAAGCAUAUCACUGAAAUGUAUUUUUAUUUUAUGUGUGACUUUGUUGUUUUUAUAUUCUAUCAGUUGGUUCCAUAUUUAUGGUAUUCUAAGUUUAAAUUAAA